CCUCUCUCCUCUCCCAGAUCAAGCUUCUACAAUGGCCUUUGCCAAGGCGCAGAAAAGCAGGGCUUACUUCAAGAGGUUUCAAGUCAAGUUUAAGAGAAGGCGAGCUGGGAAGACUGACUACAGGGCUAGGAUUCGCCUGAUUAAUCAGGACAAGAACAAGUACAAUACGCCUAAGUACCGAUUUGUUGUCCGAUUUACCAACAAGGACAUUAUUGCACAAAUAACAUCUGCAAGCAUUGCUGGAGAUAUAGUCCUUGCUUCUGCUUAUGCUCAUGAGCUUCCUCGAUAUGGGCUUGAAGCUGGUCUUACAAACUAUGCAGCAGCUUACUGCACUGGACUUCUCUUGGCUCGCCGUGUAUUGAAAAUGCUUGAGAUGGAUGAUGAAUAUGAAGGAAAUGUGGAGGCUACUGGAGAGGAUUUCUCUGUUGAACCAGCUGAUAGCAGGAGACCAUUCCGUGCCCUACUUGAUGUUGGUCUGCUCAGAACCACUACUGGAAACCGUGUGUUUGGUGCACUCAAGGGAGCUUUAGAUGGUGGUCUAGAUAUUCCCCACAGUGACAAGAGGUUUGCUGGCUAUGCAAAGGACAAUAAGCAACUUGAUGCUGAAGUUCACCGCAAAUAUAUUUAUGGAGGCCAUGUAGCUGCAUACAUGAGGACAUUGAUGGAGGAUGAACCUGAGAAAUACCAAUCCCACUUUAGUGAGUACCUCAAGAGAGGAAUUGAUGCUGAUGGUAUGGAGGCAUUGUACAAGAAGGUUCAUGCUGCCAUUCGUGCUGAUCCAACUGCAAAGAAAUCAGAGAAGCAGCCAUCCAAGGAGCACAAGAGGUACAACUUGAAGAAGCUAACCUAUGAGGAAAGGAAAGCCAAGUUGGUUGAGCGAUUGAAUGCUCUCAACUCAGCCGCUGACGAAGAAGAUGAUGAGUGAAACAUUGAUGACUGAGCUCUAAUGUCAGUUUUCCGUGGCACACAGGCUACUUUUGAGUUUUUAUUUGAAACCUAGUUAAGUCAUUCAGAUUAUUUUUGCUUAUGGCACCAUUUUUGUCUCCUUAAGUAUAAUUUUCUUAGAUUACAAGAUUAUGAUUUUUUUUAACUUGAUAUUGAAUGCAAUUUCAAAUUUGACUUGGCUAAUUAUAAUUUGCUUGAUUAAA